UAAAAUUUUUGCCCUCCAAUUUAUGCCCAUACGCGCAAUAACUUUAAUUUCUAAUUAUUCUAUUCCCAAAAGCUUUGGCGGGAAAAACCCUUCUCACCCCCACCCGCUCCCUCUUCUCCUCCAUCCUCUCCCAUUUCCGUCUUCCCAGAAACCCUAGCUCCGCAAAACCCUAACCCUAAUCGGAGGAAGAAGAGAGGCCGAGACUGCGAAGGGAUCGAAUCGAUCGUCGUCGUCGAUGGGGAGGGGGGAGGAGGAGGAGCUGAGGGCGGCGAAGCGGGGGUUCCGCGAGGCGGAGCGGGAGGGGAACCACGAGGAGGAGGCGCGGUGGGCGAACGUGGUGGGCGACAUCCUCAAGCGGCGCGGGGAGUACGUCGAGGCCCUCCGAUGGCUCCGCAUCGACUACGAGGUCUCCGUGAAGCACCUCCCCCAGAAGCAGCUUCUCCCCACGUGCCAAUCCCUCGGCGAGGUCUACCUCCGCCUCGAUCGGUUCAAGGAAGCCCUAGUUUACCAGAAGAAGCAUCUACAACUUGCCAAGGAUUCUGAUGACCUUAUUGAGCAGCAAAGAGCCAGCACGCAACUUGGCAGAACUUACCAUGAAAUGUUCCUAAGAUCUGAGAAUGACCAUCAUGCCAUACGGAAUGCCAAAAAGUAUUUUAAAUCAGCAAUGAAACUCGCACGGACUUUGAAGGAGAAUCCUGCUUGUUCGAAAUCCUCCUUCUUUCUCAAGGAAUUUAUUGAUGCGCAUAACAACAUAGGAAUGCUCGAAAUGGACCUUGAUAAUUUAGAAGAAGCAGAGAAAAUUCUUCUUCAAGGUCUAAAGAUAUGUGAUGAUGAAGAAGUAACCGAAAAUGAUGAUGGGCGCAGCAGGCUUAACCACAAUCUAGGAAGUCUUUACAUCGAGCUGCGUGAUUGGAGGAAAGCUAGAGAGCAUAUUGAAAGGGACAUUUUAAUAUGUAAAAAAAUAUGUCACCCUCAAGGUGAAGCAAAGGGCUUCAUAAAUCUAGGGGAGUUGCAUUACCGGGUGCAGAAGUAUGAUGAUGCGACUCUUUGUUAUCAGAAAGCGCUCGAUAUUGCAAAAUGCAUGGAAGAUGAAGAUGCGUUAGUUGAUCAGAUUAAUCAGAACAUCAACACUGUUAAAGAAGCCGCCAAAGUGCUUGAGGAGUUGAAGAAAGAUGAGCAAAAACUUAAAAAGCUAAUGAGGACUGCAUCAGAUUCUCAUGGGACAGCAAAUGAAAGAAAAUGUCUACUGGAGCUGAAUACGUGCCUUGAUGGUCUGAUUGAGAAGUCCAGCAUGAUAUUUGCAUGGCCUAAACAUAGAGAAAUUGCUAAAAGGAAGAAAAGGGUGGCCACUGAACUCUGUGAUAAGGAAAAGCUAAGCGAUUCUUUUCUGGCUAUUGGGGAGUCAUAUCAAAAGCUCAGAAACUUCAGUAAAGCUCGCAAGUGGUAUAUGAAGAGUUGGAAUAUUUACCGGUCAAUUGGAAACCUGGAGGGGCAGGCAUUAGCAAAAAUAAACAUUGGGGAGGUCCUGGACUCUUCUGGUGAUUGGGCUGGUGCAUUGCAGGCAUUCGAGGAAGGCUACAGAAUUGCAGUACAAGGCAACCUGACAACUGUUCAACUUUCAGCACUUGAGAACAUGCACUACAGCCACAUGAUUAGAUUUGAUAAUGUUGAAGAAGCAAGGAAGCUGCAACAAGAUAUUCACCAUUUGAGACAAUUACUAAAAGAAGAUGCAUUUAAAGGCACAGAGAGCGAUUACUGCUCUGAAACUGAAACAGAAGGUGGUGAUGUAUCUGAUGAUUUACCUCGUGUGUGCACUCAUUCUAAUAUAGAUAGGCCUGCUACAAGUAGGGCUACUGAGGAUUUUGAUGAGGACAUUCCUCUGGCUUCACUAGUUCAUCAAAACAAGAAUUUGUCCAAGAUCAAGGCAUCUCAGUCACAUUCUCUUGUCAUGAAAACCGGCAAACCAUCUAAUUUUCUUGAAUCUCCUUCGGAAAGUAUAAGAAAAUCAUAUGAUGACCACGAGUCUGCUGGUCGCAAGCGUAUUCGAGUAGUCAUCUCUGACGAUGAAGCUGAUGAGCCGAACACGAUGGAUCAAUCCAAGAGACCUCUUAGAUGUCCAGUUGAGAAUACGAGUACAGCUAGUAGAGAGAAGAGGAAGGAUGAGGCCUUUGAAACUGCCAAAGAGCAGGCUGCUUCACAAUCUAGUGGGUCCAAAGAUGUACACAGUGCUUGUAUGCCUACCCCUAUUGAAGAAAGUAUUUGUUCGUUUAAAUCAAAAAGCCCUGUAUGUACUGCUGAUAAUGUCUUAGACUCUGGAGCUUCUAGCGGAGGAAGAGCCUCUGAAUCCAAAUGUGCUGCAAUUGGAUCCAAAUCUGAUAGAGGUCUGGUCCCUCAGAGUCUGGUAGAAAGUCAUUAUGGUGCAGGCUUCAAUACAUCUGACGAUGAUCACGAUUUUUUGGCCUUUAAAGUUGGUGACAAAGUGAUUUAUCUUGAUGUGACUUCUUACAUAUGUGAGGACUAUUUGAACAUUGAAUCUCUGAAAGUUGAAGUUGCGUGCAUAUGUUAUCUUCAAUAUUCUGAAGAAAGGAGGUCCAAAGGAUUGUUGCCUAUUAUUGGACAUCUAAAGUAUUGCGGUGAAGCUUUAGAUACUUUGGAAUCAGUUGAACAUGUUAAGCAGCUUGCUUGUGAACAAAAAUGUAUUGAAGUAAAUAUCGACGGAUGGGUCCCAAAACGGCUGAUGAAAUUGUAUGUUGAUUACUGUGCAAAGUUGUCAGAAGCACCCAAUCUGAAGUUGCUGAAAAAGCUAUAUCACUUAGAGGUCUCGGAGGAUGAAGUCAUUGUAUCUGAUUGUGGAUUGCAGGACCUUUCUGUGAUACCUUUGCUAAAUGCCCUAGAAGCACAUAAAACAAUGGCCGUCUUAGACUUUUCCCAUAAUUUGCUAGGGAAUGACACAAUUGAGAAGCUCCAGCAAAUAUUUACAUCAUCAAGCCAAAAGUAUGGUGGCUUGACGUUGGAUUUGCAUUUCAAUCGAUUUGGUCCAACUGCUCUAUUCCAGAUAUGCGAGUGUGCUGUUAUGUGUGCGCGGCUGGAAGUACUUAACCUCUCUGGAAAUCGCCUUACUGAUGCAUGCAGUUCAUACCUUUCAACAAUUUUGCAAAAUUGCAAAGCGCUUUACAGUUUAAAUAUAGAGCAGUGUUCUGUCACAUCGAGAACGAUUCAGAAGAUCGCAGAUGCACUGCAUGAUGGGUCUGUCCUUUCACAUUUGUCAAUAGGUAAAAACAAUCCUAUAACUGGAAAUGCCAUGGUUAAUCUCUUCUCCAAACUUGCGUCCUUAAAAAGAUUUUCAGAACUGAGCCUGACUGGUUUAAGACUUAACAAGAUGAUGGUUGAUCACCUCUGUCAGCUUGCUCAAUCCUCAAAUCUUUCAGUAUUAUUGCUUGGUGGGACUUAUAUUGGAGAUGACGGAGCUGUAAGAUUAACUGAGGCAUUAUCCUGUGGAUCUCGAGAAUUGCUGAAGUUAGAUAUAUCAGAUUGUGGGUUAAUAUCUAAGGAUUUUACAAAAUUGUGUGCAAGUUUCACUGCACUCGGCAUUAUUGAAUUGAACCUGGGACAUUGUUAUAUCCGCAAAGAGGGUUGUGAUCCGCUUGUUUCUUGGAUAAUGGACUCUCGAUGCUGUCUCAAGUCUCUGAUCCUCAACAGCUGCUCUCUCGGGCUUGCAGGGAUAAUUCGAAUACUUGAGUCUGUACCAGAAAACAACACUUUGGAAGAACUCUAUUUGGCUGGGAACGAUUAUAUAACACUCGAAAGAGCCUUGCAGUAUGAUCGAGAAGCUGAAGCAGCUAAGAAUACAUCCAUAGGAAAUGGAGAGUGCAAUAAUAUGGAAGUGGCCGAUAGUGAAGAUGACGAUGAAAUGAGUGAGGAGGACGGAGAGUGUUGGAGCUCGUGGCUGAGGAACUUGCGUGGCUGUCGGUCGAUCCGCAAUUUUGCUAUCUCUGUAGCGUUGGCGGAGCGGCUGAACAUGCUCGAUCUAAGUCAAAACGGGUUAGAGGACGAAAUCAUAGAGUCGUUAUACUCUGCUUGGUCAUCUAAUUCGGGUCCAAGACGUGGUGGUAGGGCCCUUAAGCAUGUUAGUGCCGGGGUAGUUCAUUUUUAUGUCGAGGGGAAGAGGUGUUGCGGAUUGAGAUCUUGCUGUCGAAGAGACUAAAGAUUUAGCAGAUCAUUGGAUGGAGAGGUCCCUUUUUGCCUUCUUUUAGUUCACAGUUAGGUUGUAUUAACUACUUUCAUGUUGAUAGGUUUAGUUAUAUAAUGCAUAGAGUAAAUUCUUGACUUGUAACCGAGUAAAAGUAAGAGAAAGGAAAAGCAGAAAUCUUUCAAGCUCACUAAAAACCUUGUGACUUUUGAUGCUACAUUAUUAAUCUGUAUGUGUAAACAUAAUAUUUAUACACUGAAGGACAACCUGUUGUAGUAUUCUAGUGACAGCAAGCCGGCUGAUCUGAAAUAAGACUUGUAACGACGGGUUGUUUGGUUCGGUCAGAGUUUAUGCAGAAGUGUUGUUCGAGUUGAAUUAGCUGAA